AUAAUGACUUUUAUUGCUAGGCAGUUUAGUAGGUCCACACAACCGUUUCUUCAGUUACUCAAAACACAAUUUAACAUUAACAUGGCUCUGUCAGUGUCCAGAUGUAACAAAAAGCGCCGUCGUUAGUCUCAUCUUGUUUUAUCCCGCGGUGGUCCAGAUGGAUUCUUACCACGUACUGAACCUGGUGGGAGAGGGCUCAUUCGGCCGAGUUUACAAGGGGAGAAAGAAGUUCACCGGCAAGGUCGUAGCUCUAAAGUUUAUGCCGAAAGUGGGUCGGACUGAAAAAGAGCUGCGAAGUUUGAAGAGAGAGAUAGAAAUUAUGAGAGAUCUUCGGCACCCAAAUAUAGUCCAGCUCUUUGACAGCUUUGAGACUGAAACCGAGGUUGUGGUUGUGACUGAGUAUGCUGAAGGCCAGUUGUUCCAGAUUUUGGAGGAUGAUGGAAACUUGCCAGAAAAUCAGGUGCGAGAGAUUGCCUGCCAGCUGGUCUCUGCUCUGUAUUAUUUACACUCCCAUCGCAUCCUUCACCGUGACAUGAAACCACAAAAUAUCCUGCUAGGAAAAAGCGGUGUGGUGAAGCUCUGUGACUUUGGGUUCGCCAGAGCGAUGAGCGUCUCCACCCUGGUCCUGACUUCCAUCAAGGGAACACCGCUGUACAUGUCGCCUGAGAUCGUAGAGGAGAAGCCGUACGACCACACCGCUGAUCUCUGGGCUCUUGGGUGCAUUUUGUAUGAGCUCCACACGGGGGUGCCACCAUUCUACACCAACUCCAUCUUCCACUUGGUGCAGCUUAUUGUGAAAGAUCCGAUCAAAUGGCCGGACAUGAUGAGUGACAGCUGCAUGAGUUUCCUGAAAGGUUUGUUGACUAAAGACCCACAGAAACGUUUGUCAUGGCCAGACCUCCUGCAUCAUUCCUUUGUUGCUGAUGGUGUUUUAGUGCUGUCAGACACAAACCUCUUCAGCCCCCUGACGGUCACACCCAGCCCAGACGUGGUGGCCAUGAAGAUGAAGCAAGUGGCAGAAAAAUCUGUGCCGACGUCAGGAGAGAGCAUAUUAAUGAGAAAGGCCAGGGAGCAGAUGGAGCUCAAAAAGAGAGAGAAAAAGAAGGAAGGAUGUGAAAGAGUGAAUUCUGCUACAGUAAUGGCGUCGCCUAAAGCCCUCUCCACUGAAGUUCCUGCAGCUUCUGGCCAGUUGGCCAUGACAGCCAAUCAAAGCAUGAACCUGAAGAGUAAAACACGUGCCACGUCAAAACAAAGGGGCCAGAUCAGCAGAGACUAUGAACAGGAGUUUCCCUCUGUUGAGGUCGGGCCGCGAAUCGCCCGCCGAGGGAAUGACAGACCAGCCGCACUUCAUAGGCAGGAUGUUGCCACUGAAAGGCACCGGGAAAAUCUUGUCCAGGAAGCAGACCUAAGCAGGCAGCAGAAGAAGCUUAUAAACUACAAUGGUGUCAUAUGUCAAAUUAAAUCUAGCAUUACGGCAUUUCAGGUUCAGCUGAUAGGUGUUGGUGAUAUAAAUGUGCAGCAGAUUGAGCAUGGGCUAAAGGUCCUACGUAACUUGAUCCUGACCUCUGACCUUGAGAAGUCUCACCUCAUCAGCCAUGAACUUAAACUACCACAAUCCUUCUUUGAGCUGAUCAGAGAUGCUGUUUCAAACUCUGAUUUUAUCAAGGAGCAGAGGAAUGUGCUUACUCUUGGAGAAAUUAUUAAAUUUAUUCUGUUCUACUGGGAAAAGCAUUCUGGUUGGGUGGAAAAGGAGCCCAGACUGGAAGAGUUCACUCAGCCCCUCAAGACGAUUAUCAAUCAGUCAAGUCUUACUGUUCUGGCUCCACUCGCUGCUUCUGUUUUAUCUCUCUUCACUCUACAUGGUGUUGAUGUUUUUGUCGACGUGGAGAAUUUGACUUCCCUGCUGAAAAUGCAUCCCUCGCCUCUGGUGUUACCUCCUCCUGGUUGGGGACUGUAUGACGGCCUCCUGUCUUUACUCCUACAUGCAUUGUCUGAGGAUGACAGUGCAUCAGUUUCAUCUAAGUUAAAUCCACUUGUGUUCUUGGAUUUGUGGAAAAAAGUUGGUUCUUCGCUCGCAAGCCCGACGCCAAACCUGGACUUGUUUUCAGCAGAUGGAGUUUACUCCUUUCUGUCUAUUGCACUGCUUAUCUUCACAAAGGACCUGAACUCGUGCAUUCCUCUUUUUACUGACAAAAAAACUCAAUGUGUAUACACGCUGUGCUGCUUGCUGAGCAACGACUGUCCUCUUUUAUCAGCCAAGCUUCCCUGUGGGGGCGCCGACAUGGAGCUGAGCUGCGACACUCUGUCCACGUUGAGCUGCCACCUGCUCUGCUUUCCGUUUGCUCUGGACCUGCCGCCACACACCAUGGCGGCCGUCCUGCAGGUUUAUGACAGCUGUCAUGUUGCUUCCAGCCUCCUUCAGGUAAUUCAGACAUUCCCUCCGUCUCAGCUGGAGCUGCCGCUCUCCCUGCUGAGCCGUUUGCUGCUGUGUGAUCCUGACCGCUCUGUGUCCCACAUCGGCGGAGAUGCUUCUGGCUUUUUUUCGUCAACUCAGAGCAACCAGCCUUUUCCCUCCAAAAAUCUGACUGCUGUGACCAGAACUGCCAGCUCUCUGUUCUCUGACUUGCUGCAGCAGGAUGAGCUGUGGGACUGUGCUGUGGAGCUUCUGAAUCUCUUGUCCCAAGUGGCUCGCUGCUCCUCUCAGCCUGCUUCCCCUGAGAUAUCCAUGGAGGCCGCAGUGCUGCAACAGGCGCUGACUCAUCCAUACGACCAGAUCAGAGCUGCCACAUGUAGGUUUGUGGGGAAUCUGGAACCAUUCAGGGAUAAUCAAGCACAUAGCCUGCAGGCUGACAUUUUCAGACAGAUGAUAGAGGCUCUUAAUGACUCCUGCACACAGGUGCGGCGGAUGGCUUGCAGGGCGGUGGGGAACUGGCUGGGAUACGUUGCAGCAAAGUUUAAAAUGGGAGGAAGCUGCAGUGACUCUUCAGGGUGGGGCAAAGAGAACAAUCGUAAACAAGCGCGUUCACACGCCGAAGCAGCUGGUGACGCAGACGAGCAGAGACGAUGGACAGACGAAGCUCAGAGGUCAGCGGCCUCGCUGACCUGUCUGCUCUCGGACCGCGAUGCCGUCACGCGGCGUCACUGCUGCGCUCUGGGAAACCUGGUAAAUGUCGACGGUGUCGUGUCGGUGUUGGAUGAAGAGGUGUACAGCUCUCUUCUCAGAGUCGCGUGCAAUGAUUCAAACAGCGGCGUGAGAGAAGCUGCAAUCGCAGCUCUAAAACUCUGCAGCCAGCAGGAUGAGGUGCAGUUAACGAGAAGAGGGACGUCAGCACCACACGAUGUCCCUUAGAAGUGUGCUGCACAAUGUUUGGACGGCUGGAGCAAUAACCAAAUCACACUUCUGACUGCUUUGAAUGUGCAGUAGGUAUAUAAACUCCACAAACCCCAGUAAAAAUAAAAUAAAUGCAAUUUUCCAACAUUUCAUCCACCUGGAGAAAGUCUUUUUCCAUCUGAAAAAAACAUCACCAGGUCAUGAUGCUGCCACCCCCACAUUUCACAGUUUAUUGUGUUCUUGUAAUUGAAGUGCAGUUUUUGUGUUUGUUCCCAAGUUAGCUUAAAGUUCAAGCUGGGUUUCUACAAAAUGUAGCACAUUCUUCCUCGAGGUUUUAGGUCAUUUUUGUCCGGUCAAAAUCCCUUUUGUGUGUGUGUGUUUCAACCAUUCUCCUUAAUGUCUGAAAACACACGAAGAGCAGAAGAAACAUGUAGACCAGAACUUCCAGUUGGUUCUUUACUGUUGAUCUUUGGUCAUUAGCAACAUCUCUACAAACAAACUCUUUAGCUAAAGGAUGCAAAUGUCAAGAAAAACGUCCCAGAACUGCUGCCCUUUAUUUAAUGUUACAUAAUUUUACUGGUUGAUGGCAGGUGUGUACCAAAGAUACUGAAACUGAGCGGUUCAACAAAGUGGCUUAGCAGAUUACUGCAGCUUUUGUAUUCUUCUUUAUUUUAACCUUGUUUCCAGUUUAGCUGUACAUGAAAAAUAUCCAAUUAAAAUCAAACAAUUCAA